AUGAAUUUUGAUAUCGCCUAUAGAUACGCCCCGCCACCUGUGAUUCAAAUAGUGCGGCACGCAACAGAAAUUGCAUCAGCAAAUCCUCUGCUGAGCCGCCAGCAAAACCCCUACCCUCCAUCGACCUUCUCAAAGAGAUUCAAACUUAUCGCCAACGUGAUCGAUCGGGCUCAAGAUAUCUUGCCGCCAAUUCACGGCUGGGCCUUGCAAGGUGCGGAUAUCGGGGCUGGAUUAAAUUCGGCUGUUUUGAACAAUACGACACCCGGCCAAAUCUUCUACCAGAACGGCACCGCCAAUGAGGUCUACCAUCAAGCAUUCAACAUCCUAACCGAUACUAGCUCGCCCCCGAUCCCGUACGGCAUCGUGAUGCAUUAUCCACACGAUACAGAAAAAGUUGUUGGGCUCGGCGUCGAUAUAGGAACUGGAACAUCAGGCAUCACGCUGACCAACCCCCCUUACCCAAUGGUGGAACUGUCAGUUCCCAGAAGCCGUUUGGUAGCUUGCAAGCAGAACAUCCCGUAUUACCCACUAAAGCGCGAGUUUGCGGUAGUGAAAGCAUUCCGCGAUCAAGACGUCCCUGAUGGCUGCGUGUGGAUCGAGUUUCUGCCGCAAUGUGCUGAGCUGCCCGAGUUGCCGGCGGGACGCAUAGCCACGCACGAAUUCGCCAAUAGGGGAAUAUGCUUUGAAGAUCCCGCUAGAAUUCAUUGGAUUAAGUACUCGGAAGUGAGGUAG